CGUGUGCAAACUGUAAAAACAUGUUUCUGUCUCAACCACAAAAAGGGCUUGUCUCUAUUUCACUACAAAAUUUUCUUACGAUAUUGCCAGUGUGUGUAUCAUUACAACAGUUUACGCUUCUGGUUAACAAAACAUCACAAUAUCACCUAUCAAAUAGACAAAUUAAUAAGGGAAAUGCCUGAAAUGUUUUCACCUUUAGAGUUUUCUGUAAAGAUUAUCCAGGACAUCGGUCAAUAAAUUGGGUAAAAAUUGUCUAACAAGAGAAUCUAUUUGCUGAUGGUUUCCGCAAGAAACUUGUCAGUUUCAUACUUCUGGUUUGAAUCUAUUGAGGAUGGAUGCUUUUGAGGUUCAAAGUUAACUUAAGCCUUGUUGCAUUCAAGGUUGUGGCCUAGCAGUAGAUGAAAUUGGAAGGGAGACCAUGGUAUCUGAUGUUCAAAUUUCAACAGUGGUGAAAAGGGUACCAAAUGCCAAAGCAGGGAGAGAAUCAACAGAUAUUGAAAUAUAUGGGAUGCAAGGAAUCCCACCUGAUGUGUUAGCUGCUCACUAUGGAGAGGAAGAGGAUCCGGCAAAAACUGCCAAAGUGGACAUCAUAUCAUCGCAGUAUGUUGGUGGUGUGGUUCCAGGAUCACUAGCUGCGGGUUAUCCUCCACGGGCAACUUUGGGCGCAGUACCACCACUCUACAAUCCUGCUGUUCCAAGCGUUCUACUGGUUGGCCAGUUCCCCCUCGCCCCCAACCUUGGUGUCCACAGUAUCCUGCUGUCACGGUUCCACCACCUGCACUUGGGUUUGCCGCAACAACCACUGUUUCCUGUGCAGAAUGUGAGGCCUCCAGUGCCAGCAACCGCACCACCAACACUUCAACCAUCAUUACCCAUUGCUCCUCCAGGACUGCCAGUAUCUAACCCACCUGUUCCUGUGUCUCAACCGUUGUUUCCUGUGGUUCCUAACAACAACAAUCUUGUUCAAAGUUUGCCGAUGCUGAUGACAAGCGUGCCAUUAAGCUCGCCUGCUGAAGUGAACGGCUCAAUUUGAUAUGAUCCUACUUAGCACACUUCAUUUCAAGACGUACAUUCAAGGAUGAGAUAUGAGACUUCAAGCUCUACAAGCUACAUGGAAGAUGAGGAAGUCGUUUGAGGCCUUUGAAGGCUCCUACAAGCGCCACAAGAUGCUUAUGAUGUGUGGAAGGUGGCUUGGGAGUUGAUUGAAGAAGGAGCUACUAGAAAAGGGGCCAAAUGCGCAAAGUGGCCAAACGUGCAAGCAUGGACAUUUUUGCAAAUUGGCUACACUUGCAAACUUGGACAAGAUCGGGAGUUGGCUAUUUGUGCAAAGAAGGUUAUGCUUGCAAGAAGGCCAUGCAUGCAAGGUUGAUUAGAGGGUCAUCUAUGCAAGG